GCAAAGGUAGCUCAAGCGCUUCAGUGCAGAAAAUGCGCAUCUGUCCUCUCGCUCACAUCUGCACAGUGUGAGAAAAGGCGACUCGUCCACAGGCGUUUAACAGUUUCCCGGUAACCGCAGCUUUCCCAAAGAAGACAAAACGCCAAGCAAUAUUUUGCUGACACAAAUAAGCCUGUAUGCAUGUAAUCACUUUAAAGUAUUGCGGCAUAGAAGUAAAGAGAGACAAGCGCGGCACAGGCGAAUGAGAGGAUUUGGAGUAUAUAGGACUCUUUGCAGGAAGUCUAUAACGCGAUCUAGAUUAGUGGGACUUCUGUUCUUCUUUGUUUCUGGAUUUUUUUUUGUUUUAGCAGUCUCUGAGAUCUAUGAGCCGGUAUAAAUUGCUCAUGGCAAAAGUCGGAAUCCCUUGGGACUUCUUUCAACUGCCUGAAAAUUUCCAAUAAGCGAAUUUCACUCGACGGCCAAGGGAGUCAAGACUUUAUCGUCUGAAUGAAAGGUUAAUUACAGCAAUGUUGCACUGGCUUGUGCGAAACUACAUCUCCUCAAAAGUGGAUAUAUAUUGUGUUCAACUAAAAGAGGUAGUUUAAAAGAGGCCAUUGAAGAUGAGAAACCUGAACACCGUGCUGUUCCUUUUCUGCCUACAUAUGGUAACAUUCAACAAAGGGCAGAUUCCAACAGUGGAUCUCGCAGAUUGGGAGGAUAGCGAUGACAUCCCCUCUGCUGAUGUGGCCAGCCCCCGGAUUGUGAACCCUUUGCGUCUGUUUGCCAGGGGAUCUCCUGGGCUCAAGCAGAACAUCCGGGAAAUUACAUAUUUAGAAAACACUGAGGACUUCUGGGACUGGUUAUCUAACCAGACAGAUGUUCUGGACACGCAUGCACGAACUAAACGCAGACCCAUCGUGAAAACGGGAAAAUUCAAGAAAAUGUUUGGCUGGGGUGACUUUCACUCCAACAUCAAGACCGUGAAGUUAAAUCUCCUCAUUAGGGGCAAGAUCGUGGAUCACGGAAAUGGGACGUUCAGUGUCUUCUUUCGCCACAACUCCACUGGCCAGGGAAAUGUUUCUGUGAGUCUAGUGCCACCCUCCAAGGUUGUGGAGUUUGAAUUUGCUCAACAGUCCACACUGGAGACCAUGGAGACCACGGACUCCAAGGCGUUCAACUGUCGCAUUGAGUUCGAGAAGACGGACCGCAGUAAGAAGACAGGACUGUGCAGUCAUGACCCAUCCAAGAUAUGCUACCAGGAACAGACCCAGACCCAUGUCUCCUGGUUGUGCUCCAAGCCGUUCAAAGUCAUAUGCAUAUACAUCGCCUUUUACAGUGUCGAUUACAAACUGGUGCAGAAGGUGUGCCCCGACUAUAACUACCACAGUGACACACCUUACAGCUCGACUGGGUGAUGCCCUCUCUGAUACCUCACUCUCCGAAAGUAAGGUUUCAUUACCAAGUAAAAUCAUAAAUGUGUUCUUUGUUGAAGACUUGCGCUCCAGAUACUGAAGUAAUGGAUGGACCGUAAUUCUGCCAGUAGAUCCAACACCACCGUCCUCCCGCACCUUAAAUUACUGGACAGGGGAUGUAUGACUGGCCUUUGUGACUCAAGAAACCAGUAUCUGACAAUGUUUGUUGAACUCGCUAGCGUAUGUUUGUUGAAUACACAUAACCAUGUCCAAAUUCUGAUGUGAUUGUGUCUGCGAUAUUAAUAUUAUUAAUACCUUCAUGAAAAUUCAUGAAAACUUAUUCCUUAAAUAAGUUCUCUCUUUCCUUUCUUAGCAUGAAUAAUCUAGUUGCCAAUCCUUAUUAAGAAGAAGAAAAUAUUGAGGUUGUACCCAUUUGUAAUUUCCUUUGAUGCUGUCUUCUGAAGGUGCCACGAGCAGAACAAAAAAAAAGAAACCUCCUUGUUUUUUGUCAGUAGAUAUUUCACUGCAAGGAACCUUCUCCUGUAGCCCCACAGAUACUCUGCAGCUUCAAGCAGCUUUUAUUUUGCUUGGUAAUAAUAGCCGCCUGUCACCGUUUCAGGUUACUUAUCCAGCCUUGACCUGCAGACUAAUUUAGACUGAAACCUCCUAACUUCACAUGUACGUUAAGCGUCUACUUUAUUAGGGACACCCUCUCCUACAGACAGAAGCAUGUGGCUAAGACUCAAUACAUACAACAUGGAAUCAAGAACUUUAGUUGCUUUUUGACAUAGCUUAAUAGUAGGCAGUAUUCAUGAUCUAAGCAAAUUAAAAUAUUAUUGUUGGUGCCAGACAUGGUGCUUCCAGCAUCUCAAAAACAGCCACCAUUCUGGGAUUUUCAAGAAUUUUGUGCAAUAUGCAAAAAAGAUCCAGAGGAUGGCAGUUCUGAAGGAAAAAUCAUGUUAAUGAGAGAGGUCAGUGGCCAGACUCAAAGUUAACAGGAAGGUUAUAAGUGCAAAAAAGGAUAUAAACCAAAUUCUAUAAGGAAAGUUUUCAGCAUCUUGUGAAAUUCAUUCCUUUAAAAAUUCGGGAAGUUCUAUAAACAAAAGAGGGUCCUUUCUGGCACUAGGCAGGAAUACCUAAUAAAGCAGCUGCUGAGUGUAUUGCAAUUGGAUGGAAAUCUUUUUGUUUAAGAAGCACUCCAGCAGAGAUGGUGCACAUUACAUAGCAAACCACUUGCACUCCUGUUGACUUAUAGCGUUAUUUUUAUAUUAACAAGAUACUGACUUUGACAUCUUGUGGCUGAACAAAAGACAGAUACCGCUGGAAAAUCAACACCCUAUCACAAAUGAAAUCAUGACCUGAAUAGUAAAUAUUUUGUCAUGAAAUUGGUUCCUAAAACAUUCCUAGUCAAAACAACUUCACAUUACAGAAUGACAACAAUGUGACCAAAACUAUAUUUCCAUUUAUCAGUGCUUACAGCUUUUUCCCUUUCUUUGUAAAAAUACACCAUGUUUUGAGUAUAUUUAUAAAACAAACCUGUAACUGUUCACUUUUGGAAUUUGUGUGUAUAAAAGUGUGAUUCAGUUUCUAGAUGUUCCAACAUUUCAGUUAUUGUUGGUGAUCAUAUCCCUGUGGACGGUAGGUGAGGCAAUUAAUACAAAGUAUUCAAGGAACUUUUAUUUGUAAAAUUAGUUCAUUGUAAGUUUUAAUGGUAGCCUGUUUCAAUGUAUAUGAUUUUUCCUGAAAAACUAUGGGUAGACACUAUGCAUAGAUGCCGACUGAUUAUUUUGAUGUUUACCCUGAAAAUUGAUAUAUUUUGUUCAAAUUUAGGUUUUGUUUGUGUAUUUGACAUUGAUGAUUGCAUCAUUAAA